AUGUCGGACUACGAGGACGAGGAGUUCGAAAACUAUGAUGAUGAUGGAUUUGAGGGUGAGGAAGAUGACGAGGACGACUACGAUGUCCUGCCGAAGAACAUGUCAAAGGCCGCGACGCCGGCGCCCUCCACCCCGAAAGACCUGCCAUCGCCUCAGCGGGGGGCCGGCGUUCGGAUGUCUUACACCGGAAACGCACGGCCGCCUUCGGCAGGGGCAACAUUUUUGCCGGGCAAGGUCUCCCGGACAGUCGACAUUCCGGCCUUUGCGGGACUCACGGACGCCCAACGCAAGACGGCCAUGAAAAAGUUGGCCGGGGCCAUCAAGAGGAAGAAAAUGCUCAAGCUGGUAGUUGUGGUUAUGGAGGAUUUCCCGCAGCUGCAGUCCCUGUCCAAAUACGAAUUGUACAACAUGGGCAGAUCGCAGUACGCUGGCGUCAAGGUGGCUUCAUCGCAGACCCACGAAGACGACAAGGAGGAGGAGCAGCAAACGGACGAGAUCUACUGCUGUACUUACAGCUGCCAGGUUCCGGAGGACCGUAAUACCGCUUUUGAGGGCGAGCACACCCUGUCGGCGAGUGGCGGUGCUGCCGCCACCAACUCGGCGGCGGCGAACCCUGUGAACCGUGCGGUGAUGCGGAUCGUGGCCAUGGCACCUGAUCAGGAAAGCAAGCUGGUAUCCUUCAUGCGCUGGGCCGGGCCUGUCAUGCUCGCGGCACUCGGCAUGAAUCCCACCGCCAGGAAGGUAGCGAUCCCACCGCUGGGCGGCGCGGACAACGGCCUCUCGGCGGGGACUUUGAAGCUGGGCCGGCAGCAGGAGGCGUUGCUGGCCCAGCGGCCCGUUACAGGCCUGGCGUUUUGCCCGGGGCCCAGCCCGCUGUUGCUGGCGUCAUACGCUCCAGUGGGUGCCCAGUUGGGGGCAGCGGCGCUGCUGCAGGACCAUUCUCUAGGAGGCAAAGGCAUGCUCUGCGUGUGGGACCUGAGCUCUCCCACCGCGCCGCCCUUGUCGGUACUAGUCAGCGAGGGCAGCCCUUCCUGCUGCUGCUGGGCGCCGGCGCCCUCCACUACGCUGGUCUUUGCAGGCAUGGAGGAGGGCGGUGUAUGCGCCUGGGACCUUGAGGAGCCGGAGUCGCGGCACCCGAUGGAGCAGGUUGGCGGGGUCAACAUGUCUUUGCGGCGGCCUUCCUACACCACCGAAUACCUGGCCGACGUGGCCACUACCGCGGCGCCCAUCGUCGGCAUCGCUACCACGCCACGCACCGACAGCCGCACCCGUCCGUGUCAGAUUGUCAGUCUCAACGGAUGGGGCACUGUGACGGUGUACACGGCCGUGCUGUUGGCACCUGCGGACCGCAACGCCGCGGACUCCGACAUCGGGCUGCGGCCCGGUAGCCGGCUUAAGCUGGUGCGCACUACGCAGAUGUCGAAACUGGGAAAGCGCACGCUAUGGCCGCUGGUGGGCUCCAAGAGCAAGGCCACGCCGCAAGUGGUGCCAGGAGAGCCGGUCCGUCUGGACCAGCUGGUGCAGACGUUCUCGCUUCAGGUGCUGCCUGGUGCGGACAUGCAGCUGCUGGUGGGCAGCGACGCGGGCAAGGUGCUCCGUGGUUCACUGCUGGGCGCGCCGCCGGCGCCCAAGGAGUAUGUGCCGGAUGACCAUAAGUCCCCGCUGGCCAUCCAGUCCAAUGCGCCGCCGUUGUUCGUGUCCGGGCACAGCAACGGCACUGUGACGCUGCACUGCAUGCAUGCGUCCCCGGCAGUGUCGGUGUGGCCGGAUGUUUCACGUGGCAAAAUGCUGGUGGUGCGCUGGUCACCGCUGCGGCCGACGGUGUUUUUUGCUCUCGACUCGUUGUGCAUGCUCUUCACGUUCGACCUAACCGUGUCGCGCAGCGCGCCCACCGCAGCGCAGUCGUUCAUGCUAAAGAGCAAGCAAGUGGCGUCGCUGCCGACGUACUUUGACAUCGCGGUGGUGAACCAGGGCGAUAAGUCCAGCGGCGUCCCGGUGUUUUGCAUCGGGUACGAUGAUGGACUGCUGGACGUGAACCUAUUGGCCCAGAAGCAGUGCACGGCCACAGAGAACGAGCUGCGUGUCCUUAAGGAGAUUGUCCAAGAGAACGCGGACGCCGGAAGCCUUCCAUCGGGCGGUCAGGCCAACGGUACAGCUCAUAUAACCCCUCCUCCAAAGGCCGGUGGCAAAGAACGAAAAUCAAAGGCCCGAUAA